CCGCGGCGGAGACUGAGCCGGACCACAGGCAUGUCGGAGCGGCGAACGCGGUCAGGAGGGGCCGCCCCGCGGUCUGGGUCCAGGACUCCACUUACUAAGUCUUCGAAGAGGUCCCAGCGGAAAUCUGGCUCAGAUCUCCCAAACACCUUUCCUGAAAUUUGGCCGAAGACACCUCAUGCUGCUCCAGUCAGAAAGGCCAUCGUCUUGAAGAAGAUCGUGGCUCAUACAGUAAAGGCCCCAGCUGUCCACACACUUCGAAGGAGUCCUAGGGUCUCUUUUAUCUUGGAAAAAGAAAAUAGCCCUCCUCUCAAGGUACCUACUAAGGAGGACCUCUUCAAGACUUGUAGUGUUCCUGGUACCCCCACCAGCACCCCAGUGCUGUAUACUCAGAAUGCUGAUUCUAACUCCAUGGAAGGAGAGGAGCUGGACACCAGAGCCUUGGAAAUGUCCCGGAAAGUCAGGCGAUCAUACAGUCGUCUGGAGAGCCUCAGUUCUGCCUCAACCUCCACUCCUGGCCGCCGAUCCUUCUUCGGAUUUGAGGGACCUGAAGACUUGCCUGGAGUCUCACCUGUAGUGUGUUCAAAGUUAACUGAGAUCCCAAAAGUACCUGCAAAGCCCUGGGUUCCAGACACGACACUUCCUGGAAUCUCUCCUCCAGUUGUGAAAGAAAAGCGAAAGAAGAAGUUGCCAGAGAUCCUGAAAUCGGAGCUGGAUGAGUGGGCUAUGGCCAUGAAUGCUGAGUUUGAAGCUGCUGAACAAUUUGAUCUUCUGAUUGAAUGAGAUAAAUUGGGGGUACACCUGGCCAGGCUCUCCCCUCUCCUUGUACAUGUUGCUCUUUGAGUAGAGCAGCAAUACUUUUAGGAUCUUUAUUGGCCCUGUUACCCAGAAAAUGUGUUGCUGGUCCCUUAUAUUGUGACUAGUUGCUACCCUGGGCUUUCUACCUCCACAGUGUUGGGGAGGAGAAGCCACUUUUGCUCUGAGCCCGCACUGUCCGAAACAGCUUCUUCUGUGAGCUAUUCCUCUGGUGGUACCCUCUGUUGGUGGCUUGGAGUCUAGCUACCAACCAAUCCAGAGGUUCUGUAGAGUCUGAUAGGGAGCUCACAGGCUAGGGAGACAGUUAAACCCUGAUAUGGAGUCUGAAGUAUGAAAG